UCUUACCGGGAGAGGAAACACAGACGGUGCCGGCACCGUCAAUAGUUCUGAGCCUUUCCUCGCGGGCCCGGAGGACCCGAACACCUGGGCAACUGUGAGGGUGCAGGGCGCGCGGAGGGGCACGCGGGGGGCGAAGGGUGUCGCCGAAUACAGCCCGGUACAUCGUCGCAGCUUUAAAUUGGUAAGGUCGUGGAGCCGGACGCCCCUUCCCAUCCUUCGAUGGGAUUUACCUCCUCUUCCGGCGUCGUUAUCUCCGAGAGGAAGAAAAUGCGAGCCAGCCCCAUCCGCAUCCCGACUGUCAGCAAUGACACCGACUGGGACUUCUGCUUCCAUCUCAUCCCUCGUCUCUACCUACGAGAUGUCAGUAGCACUGUCCCAGUUGUGACAAGCCAAGACCGUGUGUCUCUUCCCAAAGAGAAACUGGCCCAAUCCCAGAAGAAAGUAGCUCAGCUGAUUAAGGGAAAAAUGAUAAUAAAACAAAAAACUCACUGGAAUACCCAAGCAAAUAAGGAGACGAUUCGCUGUGUCAUCCUCUCUCGGAUUAUUUUUGGGGAAGAACCCUGGAAAUGUGCACAGGCUUUGGCCACCCUGGCUUAUGGCUACCUGACCCUGAGAGGCCUCCCACCUCAGGCCAAGAAACAUGCUGAAUCUGCCAAGAACACACUGAUGACCUGGAAGGGAAACACGACCUCAGACAAGGAGAAAAAGGAAAUCCUGGAGACUCUGGUCAUGCUCUACUACACUGUGGGGGUGGCCUGGCUCCUACAGAACUGUGGCAGAGAGGCUUAUUUCAACCUGCAGAAGUCAGAGAGAAACAUGAAGGAGCUGAAAAAAUCAUAUAAGGGAGGUGCUUGUGGAUUACAGGUCUCAGAGAAAGACCUAACAAUUGCUUUGGGCAGAGCCCCCUUGGCCAACCGCAGGUUAAACCUAGCUCUGGCAUACUUUGAAAAGGCAAUUGACAAUGUUAUUGCUGCUAAGGGUGAUAGGACAUCAGAUCUGGUUGGUCUUUACGAGGAAAUUGCUCAGAUCAAGCAGCUGAGGAGGAACCAUGACCAGGCCGUCCAGUACUUGCAGCAGGCCCGUUCUAUCUGUGUUUCUUUGUUCACUGAAGUCAGCCCCCAAGCUGCAGAGGUGAGUGCGUUACUAGCCAAGGCUGAUGCCACAUCUGGAGAGGCCCAACACAGGGAUGCUGUUGAGAUAUAUUUUAUAAAAAGCAUCACUGCAUAUCAAACAACAUUGGGCCCAGAGGAUUAUGAAACACUGACGACCAUUGAAGAAUUUUGCAAAUGGCUUGUGCAAAAUGGGGAAAAACAGUGUCUGAUAAUUCAAAUCCUCAUAUAUGGACACGAGCACUGUAAAAGCAGAGACACAAAAAACCUCCUUACCCUAAUGCAGAGGUCUUCCGUAAACAGUAAAGAGAAAACCUCUACACAAGCUAGCCAACAAUAAAGCCAACCUUAAUAACAAAAAU